GAAGCCAGGGCGGACAGGGAGAAGGGGAGAGACGAACAGGACGGGAUGAGGACCGCGGCGCCAGCGACCGACGAAUCGACACGGGGAUGGGGAGAGGCAGACAGCGGCGAUGAGGCAUGAGAGAGGAGGCUCGGGAGACGUGCCGCAUCAUCCCAACAUGGAGGCGUAGCGACUGCAGCAUGCAUUAGAGGAGAGCAUCCCAUUGUAGCCGAGGAGCAGCAGCAGCAUCAUCAUCAUCCGUCCGUCAAGGCUGAGCGGAGAGGAGGAGGAGGAGGAGGAGGAGAGAGGAGGAGAGAUGGGCUCCCAGGUUGUGCAGACCCUGCGUCAGGGAGUAUGGGCAUCUCUGACCGGGGGCUGGUAUCACGAACCGGACCAGAACAAAUUCAACAACUCAUGCCACCUCUAUCUGUGGAUAUUCCUCCUGAUGCUGCCCCUGUCUCUGCAUCUGGCCCUGCCCCCUACCACCAUGGCCUUGAGCAUCUACUGCACCUCCAUCACAGUCGUCUUCGUCCUCAUCAAGCUGGCUAACUACCGACUGCACCUGAUGUUCGAUGAGGGCGAGGCGGUGGUCCGCAGCAGCCUCUCCGACCUAAGCAAGGCCCAGGAGAAGAAGAGUAAUGCCUCGGACUCCUGCUUGCCCGCCAACAUCAGGAAGAGCAGCACUGUCCCCGACAGUGUUGCCAUGACGAUGUUGGCACGUAAGCGUACCAGUCCGGUGAUCCAGGUGACAGUGAAACAGACAGAAACUGACCCGGGACUGAUUGGCGUGGACUGUUCAAAGUCAGAUGAGGUGAAGACCAUGGAAGGUGAUCCUUGUCCGGCUAAGAUUCAGAUGGAACAGGGUGAGUGUGCUGCAGAGGAGAAGUCUGAGGUGGGAAGACUGCAACCGAGUCCAGAGCCUUCUCCAGAUGACCUGUCCAGCCCCAAUCCCGACCAGGUUACCCCACUGCUGCAGGCACAGCAGAGGCCCCCAUCCCGGGCUGAAAGAGAAGAGAUGCGCCCUGGGUCUGCAAGUGGGAUAGGGAAAAUGGACGGAGAGUUAAUUGAAAAUGGAGCUGUGAAAGAAGGAACGGACAUUCAGAGCCCUUUGAGUGACAGAGAGCCGUCAGAACGGGAACGAACGGCGGAGAAAGUCUCGCAGCAGGACAGAAUAGAGGAGACAGACUGUGGGGACAAAGAGACUGCAGACAGGGAUACGGCUGAUGAAGGUCUGCCUCCGUCGAAGGGAAGUGAAGAAGAGAGCGAAGACAGCGAUGGGCAAAGAGAGCCUGCAGACGACAACAAUAACUCACUGGAGACUCCCAAGGACAGUCAGGAUGAUUGCAUCAAUGUCUCCGAAUCCCCUGCACAGGAUGAGCCACUGGAGGAGUACUGUUCUGAUGAGAUCGAAGUGGUUCUGGUGGACAACUCUGGCCCAGGGCCUGCGUCGGCUCACCUGGACGACAGUGACACGGUCAAGAUCAUCAUCACCAUGAGCUGUGACCCUCAGACUGCUGCUCAGCUGGAGGAGAGCGUCAAGCAGAGCAUUCUGGAGAAUGCACAGGCUCAGAAGGAUGCGGGCGAGUGUCACAUCAAGAUCCCUGUCAUCACCUUUGACUCCCCCGAGGAAGACAAGCAGGAGGGGGAGGAGGGAGAGGAAACGGCUGGCUCAGAGGAUGACCCCACCCCGAAACAGCAACAGACAAGCAGUCAAAGUGAAGAGUUUCACCUUUGUAAAGAGACAACCAGCUCUGAGUCGAGCACACUAGAGUGUCCAGAUCCAGAGCAGGAGCAUCUCAGUCUGCAGAUGACUACAGACAGCACACCGAGCGCACAACUGACAAAUGACAACAGCUCCUCGGGUAUUGAUGUCCACUCCCACCCCGACGACACAGACCCCCUGGAUGUUAAUGUAGAUUCACAAGGGUUCCUGCGGUUGCCGCCAGCUUUGGGUCGCUAUGGGCCUGGUGGAAGGACUCACAUCCGAGGGUUGAGCAUGGACAGUGGGAAAGAUGCCGUCCUGCUUUCGGACCGCUCACACAACACAACCACCAUGACCAGUUCCAAGUCAGAUCUGGAGGCAAAGGAGGGCCAGAUUCCCAAUGAAUCCAACUUCUUGGAGUUUGUUUCCCUGUUGGGGUCCCUCAGUACCAGAGGCUGUGGGGCCAGCACACAGGACGAGGAGGGGCUGGAACCCAAACAGGAAGAGAAUCUGAGUACGACUUCCAGACCAGAUGAUACACUAGCGGAGACCAACACGGAAAACAAACCAGAGAGGCCCAAACCGCCCAGCAGCCUGCCUACCGACACACUAAAGGCUAUACCACUCACACACAUCCCAAUAGUGUCUCCUGACAGUCCACAGACAGACAGAGAGAAGGAUCCGGACUACGACUCCCUGCCCUCGCAAACCUCCCAGUCAGAGAGCUCCAUGCUACAAGUAAUCUGCAGACCAGAGGCUACCAACAAAGAGGAUGCCUACACCUUCCACACUGUCCACAGAGACCGGCCUCGUAAGCUGUAUGCAGAGAGAGCCCUCAACCUGCCACUGGGAGCAGAGCUCAUCACUGGCAACAUGUGUGACCUGCUGUCAACUUCUUCCAACUCGGAGUGUCAGGACGGCGUGGUGGGAGGUCACGCUGACUGCCCGUUCCAGCGACGUAUCAUCCCUGCACACAGGCUUCGGCCACGAAGAACGCACCCUGAGAUCUUCCAGGAAGAGGACUCUCUGGAUGAGUCAUCAGAGACUUCCACUCAGGAGAAACCCACCAGGAAGAUUUAUUACAAACUUCAACUGUUUCCUGGGAAGUGGAUCAACAUUUUAUAUGACAGACUCACCCUGCUCGCUCUGUUGGACAGAAACCAGGAAGUUCUUGAGAAUCUAGUUGCAGUCUUCAUGGCCUUCCUGGUUUCCUUCCUUGGGUUUGUGCUUCUCAACCAUGGCUGCUUCAAAGACUUCUGGGUUUUCCAGUUUUGCCUGGUCAUCGCCAGCUGCCAGUAUUCCUUACUGAAGAGUGUACAACCAGACGCAGCUUCACCAUCACAUGGUCACAACCAGCUGGUGGCCUACGGUCGGGCGGCCUACUUCUGUAUCUUCUGCGCUCUGAUCUGGCUGCUGGAGCAGCUGCUGAGGCGGAAGGACCUGCCUGUAUCCACGCUGUACGGGGUCACCAUCGUCUGCCACGACGCACUGCACUUCUUACGAGACCUGUUAGUGGGUUUUACCUACUGCUUCCCAAUCACCUUCCUGGUAGGCCUCUUCCCUCAGAUCAACACCUUCACAAUCUACCUGCUGGAGCAGAUUGACAUGCAUUUAUUUGGAGGGACAGCUGCCACGAGUCUCAUCUCUGCAGUCUACAGCAUCCUGCGCAGUCUGAUCGCUUUGUCGCUACUGUACGGCUUCUGCUUCGGAGCUCUCAAGGAGCCGUGGGAUGAGCAGCACACUCCGGCCCUGUUCUCUGGCUUCUGUGGUCUUUUGGUGGUCUUCUCCUACCACCUCAGCCGACAGAGCAGUGACCCUUCCGUACUGCUAUCUCUGAUCAAGUCAAAGGUAAUGCCCGCUUUGGUGGAGAGUGAGGAAGAGGAGGAGGAAGCUACAGAGGCUAAAGACCCACUGCCUGAGAAGAUGCAGAACUCUAUGAAGGAGAUCCUGCUGUCCGAUGUGGUCGUGUGCUCUGUUGCCUACAUUCUAACCUUCGCCAUAACUGCGAGUACCGUGUUUCUGUCCCUCAAGCCCUUUGUCACCAUCGUGCUGUACGCUCUGGCGGGGACAGUGGGAUUUGUCACCCACUACCUUAUCCCCCAGCUGAGGAAGCAUCACCCUUGGUUGUGGAUCUCCCACCCGGUCCUCAAGACAAAGGAGUACCACCAGUUUGAACCCAGAGAGGACGCUGUGCUGAUGUGGUUCGAGCGGCUGUAUGUGGGGCUCCUGUGCUUCGAGAAGUACGUGGUGUACCCGGCCAUUGUGCUGAGCGCACUGACCAAUGACGGCUUCGCUCUCAGUCACCGCAAGAAGCUGGGGAUCCACUGUGACGUCCUCCUGACGACGGUCGCCGGACUGAAGCUGCUGCGUUCGUCCUUCUGCAACCCCAGCUUCCAGUUCCUCACUCUGCUCUUCACGCUCGUCUUCUUCCACUUCGAUUGUCCGCGAGCCUCCGAGAGCUUCCUGCUGGACUUCUUCAUCAUGUCUAUUGUUUUCCACAAGAUGCGCGAGCUCUUGCUGAAGCUCCACUUCAUCCUGGUUUACAUCGCUCCCUGGCAGAUCGCCUGGGGCAGUGCUUUCCACGCCUUCGCUCAGCCGUUUGCAGUGCCUCACUCAGCCAUGCUGCUGCUUCAGACGCUGCUCACCACAAUCUUCUACACCCCGCUGGCUCCCUUCCUGGGCAGCGCCAUAUUCAUUUCCUCCUACCCGCGGCCCAUCAAGUUCUGGGAGCGAAACUACAACACAAAACGUAUCGACAACUCCAACAGCAGACUGGUGUCCCAAGUGGACAAAGAGACCGGCUGUGAUGAUAACAACCUAAACUCCAUAUUCUAUGAGUAUCUGACACGCUCACUGCAGCAUUCACUUUGCGGUGACCUCAUGUUGGGCCGAUGGGGCAACUACAGCGCCGGGGACUGUUUCAUUCUAGCCUCUGACUACCUCAAUGCCCUAGUCCACCUGGUCGAGAUCGGCAAUGGCCUGGUCACUUUCCAGCUGAGGGGUCUGGAGUUCAGAGGUACAUACUGCCAGCAGCGAGAGGUGGAGGCCAUCACCGAGGGCGUGGAGGAGGACGAUGCGUGCUGCUGCUGCGAGCCGGGCCACUUGCCCCACAUGCUGUCAUGCAACGCCGCCUUCAACCUGCGCUGGCUCGCCUGGGAGGUGAUGGCCACCAAGUACCUGCUGGAGGGUUACAGCAUCAGUGAGAACAAUGCGGCCACGAUGCUGCAGGUGUACGACCUCCGAAAGCUGCUCAUCACCUACUACCUGAAGAGUAUUAUCUACUACCUGGUCCACUCCCCCAAACUGUCCACCUGGCUCAAGGAUGCCAACGUCCAGGAGGCGCUGCAGUCCUACACCAAGUGGCACCACAUUGAGCGCGACCCUCAGGUCUUUAGUGUGAAGAUCGAUGAAGACUACGUGCACUGCCUGCAGGGCGUGACGCGCGCCAGCUUCUGCAACGUCUACCUGGAGUGGAUCCAGUUCUGUGCUGGGAAGAUGGAGACGCCUGUGGAUAGCGAUGAAGACUCUCCUCUGGUAACUCUGUCUUACGCUCUCUCCGUCCUGGGGAGGAGGUCCCUCGGCACCGCAUCUCAUAACAUGUCAAACAGUCUGGAAUCCUUCCUGUACGGCUUCAACACCCUGUUCAAGGGCGACUUCCGCAUUGCUCCGAAGGACGAGUGGGUCUUCGCUGACCUGGACCUGCUCCAGAAGGUGGUGGCUCCCGCAGUCCGAAUGAGCCUCAAACUGCAUCAGGAUCACUUCACCUGCCUGGAGGAGACCGAGGAGGCGUCCAUCUUGUACGAAGCCAUCACGAACUACCGCAGCAGCCUGGUCAUCUGCCACGAGAGUGACCCCGCGUGGCGCAAGGCGGUGCUGUCCAGCCGCGACACGCUGCUCACGCUGAGGCACAUGAUCGAUGACGGCACGGACGAGUACAAGAUCAUCAUGCUGUACAAACGCCACCUCAGCUUCAAGGUCAUAAAGAUUAAUAAGGAGUGUGUGCGAGGUCUGUGGGCAGGCCAGCAGCAGGAGCUGGUGUUUUUGAGGAACAGAAACCCCGAGCGCGGCAGCAUCCAGAACUCGAAGCAGGCGCUGAGGAACAUGGUCAACUCCUCCUGCGACCAGCCACUGGGAUAUCCCAUGUAUGUGUCACCGCUGACAACAUCGUACGCAGGAACACAUCGGACGCUCCGCAGCAUUGGAGGAGGGGCUUUGAGCCUGGAUGCCAUUCGUUCCUGGCUGUGCUCUAAAUGGUUACGGGUACGUAAGGAAAACCUGACCAGCUGUAACAGUGGGGUGAACAUGGAGGAUGUGGACUGCGGUGCCGGUGGUUCGUCCUCGCUGAGCCACAACCGCCCGUCCUCCGUCACGUCCAACAGCCUGAGCCUCUACCAGCACAGAGCCAGGACAACACACAGCCACAGACACCACAACACAGCCAGGAGGGAGUACCGCAGUCGGUCGGUGCAGCCUCAGAGUCAGCGUCCCCCUGUCAGCAGCCAAUCAGGGCCCAUCCUUGACUCAGCCUCCACUCACGGGCUCGUCCAGCGUCUGUCCAACAGUCAGCUGUCUUUCAACACGUCCAUAGCCUCUAUAUUCUCACAGGUCCCUCGUCUCUCAGGAGCAGGUGGGAUCAACUCGCAGCUCCAGGCAGCACAGCAUCAGCAGCGCUCCAGCCAAGUCUCUUCGUCUUCGUCCACUCUCAGCCUGCUGUUUGGGAAGCGGAGUUUCUCCAGUGGCCUGGUCAUCUCUGGACUGUCGGCGGCCGAAGGGGGCAACACCACUGACACGCAGUCCUCGUCCAGCGUCAACAUCGCCAUGGGGCCCUCACACAGGUCCAGCAGCCGGGCCACGCAGUGGACGUCAGAGCCAUACGAGAGCAUAGAUGUGACAUAUUCCAACGCCGGCAUCGCGGCGAAAGACGGCACGCAGUCAGGUGACUGCAGCCAGGGAUUGGACAAGACCCAAGAGGACUCAGCCUCUGCCUCAACAGCUCCGGAGGCAACGGAGCAAAGGACUGUCUGAGAGAGAGAGAGAGAGAGAGAGAGAGAGAAUAUACACACACACACACACACACUACACUGCUUAUACAAAAGACAUAUACAGAGAGGACUGUAUGAAAAGUUACACGUACACACAAACAUGCAGAGGAUCGCACACAAGCCUGCCUCCUCUCCUGUCUCCAGCAUGUGGUCUCACCCUGUUGUCUGAAUGUAAACAAGUCUGAAAAUGGAUUCUCGGCUCCAGUUGAUGAAUUAAAGGCGUUUUUAAAUGAG